AUGCUUCACUCCAUCUUGCUCACCUGCGCUGCUCUCGCUGCCAAAGCUAUGGCAGAUUGCAGCUACGAAUCCAUUCAGGAGGCAACCACCAACUACGUCGCCUCACGAUCCACUGGUGAAAUUGCCAACCUCACCGGCGCGGCCUACACAGAAAACUUCGAGUCCGUCGACAUCACCACCGGCGUGGUCUCCCAGCCGCUCAAGAUCGACCACAGUCGCAGCAUUCACGACACGGUCGCCUGCGCCACCUACACCGAGCUCGUUAUUACGGAUCCGGCGCACCCGUACGUCGUCGGCACGCAGCUCCGUUUCAGCGAAGAAGGCGAGCUCGAAAAGGCCGACCUGCUCGUCACCGACGCUGGCGACUGGCUCUUCAACGCCACGGGGACGCUGUACUGGGUGCAGCGGGAGAGCUGGGACACGAUCCCGGAAGAGAAGCGCGACACCCGCGAGGUGAUCAAAGCAGCGGCGGACGCCUACCUCGACGUGUUCAACGACAAGAGCGUCAUCGUUCCGUGGGGCACGCCAUGUGCACGACUCGAAGGCGGGCUCUACACCGGACAAGGUCUCCCGACCGACUCGUGCAACCUCGGUGUGCCGGAUGGCGUCCAACUCAUAAACCGCCGCUAUGUCAUUGACGAGACCGUUGGCUCAGUCGACGUGUUUUUGAACUUCGGCAUUGCAGAAAUACCCGACAGCCACGAGUUCCGCAUUCAAGAAGGCAAAAUCCGCUACGUCCACACCAUGACGGCUGGAUUUAUACCGGACUUCGCUUUUCAGAAGUAG